GUGUCACCGUGAUAUUAUAUGCCUUGAAGGGAUGAGGAGGUUUCUGCUACUCUAUGCUACACAGCAAGGACAGGCAAAGGCCAUAGCGGAGGAAAUAUGUGAGCAAGCUCUGGCACGUGGAUUCUCUGCAGAUCUUCACUGUAUUAGUGAGUCUGAUAAGUAUGAUCUGAAAACCGAAACAGCCCCUCUUGUCGUUGUUGUUUCUACCACGGGCACUGGAGACCCACCAGACACAGCCCGCAAGUUUGUUAAAGAAAUACAGAACAAAACACUGCCGGUGGAUUUCUUUGCUCACCUGCGAUAUGGAUUAUUGGGUCUGGGUGAUUCAGAAUACACAUACUUUUGCAAUGGGGGAAAAAUAAUUGAUAAACGACUUCAAGAGCUUGGAGCCCGACAUUUCUAUGAUACUGGACAUGCCGAUGACUGUGUAGGUUUAGAACUUGUGGUUGAGCCGUGGAUCGCCGGGCUCUGGGCUGCCCUCACGGAGCAUUUUAGAUCAAGCCAAGGAGAAGAGAUGAGUGGAGUUCUCCCAGUGGCCUCCCCUGUCUCCUUGAGGACAGACCCUGUGAAACCAGAGUUAUUAUACAUUCAAUCACAAGUCGAGCUUCUGAGAUUAGAUGAUUCAGGAAGAAAGUAUUCUGAGGUUUUGGAGCAAAAUGCAGUGAACAGCACUCAAUCAAACGCUUUAAUUGAAGACUUUGAGUCCUCACUCACCCGUUCAGUACCCCCGCUCUCACAAGCCUCUCUGAAUAUUCCUGCUUUACCCCUAGAAUAUUUACAGGUGCAUCUGCAGAAGGCUUUUGGCCAGAAGGAAAGCCAAGCAUCUGUGACUUCAGCGGAUCCAGUUUUUCAAGUUCCAAUUUCAAAGGCAGUUCAGCUUACUAUGAAUGAUGCCAUAAAAACCACUCUGCUGGUAGAAUUGGACAUUUCAGAAACAGAUUUUUCCUAUCAGCCUGGAGAUGCCUUCAAUGUGAUCUGUCCUAACAGUGACUCUGAGGUACAGAACUUACUGCAAAGAUUGCAGCUCACAGAUAAAAGAGAGCACUGUGUCCUCUUGAAAAUUAAGGAAGACACAAAGAAGAAAGGUGCCGCCUUGCCCCAACAUAUACCUGAGGGCUGCUCUCUCCAGUUCAUUCUUACCUGGUGUCUUGAAAUACGAGCCGUUCCUAAAAAGGCAUUUUUGCGAGCCCUUGUGGACCAUACCAGAAACAGUGCUGAAAAGCGCAGGUUGCAGGAGCUGUGUAGCAAACAGGGAGCCGCCGAUUACAGCCGCUUUGUUCGAGAUGCCUGUGCCUGCUUGCUGGACAUCCUGCUCGCCUUCCCGUCCUGUCGGCCACCGCUUAGUCUCCUGCUGGAACAUCUUCCUAAACUUCAACCCAGACCAUAUUCGUGUGCAAGCUCAAGUUUAUUUCACCCAGGAAAGCUUCAUUUUGUUUUUAACAUUGUGGAGUUUUUGUCUAACACCACAACAGCGGUUUUGCAGAGGGGAGUGUGCACAGGGUGGCUGGCCACGUUGGUCGCCUCAAUUCUUCAGCCCAACACACGUGUGUCACAUGCAGAUGGCGGGAAAGCCCUGGCUCCUAAGAUAACCAUCUCUCCUCGAACAACAAAUUCUUUCCACUUGCCAGAUAACCCCUCCGCCCCUAUCAUAAUGGUGGGUCCAGGAACUGGCAUUGCACCCUUUAUUGGUUUCCUACAACAAAGAGAGAAACUUCAAGAACAACACCCAGAUGGAAAUUUUGGAGCAACGUGGUUGUUUUUUGGCUGCAGACAUAAGGAUAGGGAUUAUCUAUUCAGAGAAGAGCUUGAACAUUUUCUUAAGUGUGGGAUCUUAACUCACCUAAAGGUUUCCUUCUCAAGAGAUGCUCCUGCGGGGGAGGAGGAAGCCCCAGCAAAGUAUGUUCAAGACAACAUCCAGCUUCAUCGCAAACAGGUGGCAAGAAUCCUUCUUUGUGAGAAUGGUUAUAUUUAUGUGUGUGGAGAUGCUAAGAAUAUGGCUAAGGAUGUAAAUGAUGCCCUUGUGGAAAUAGUAAGCAAAGAGGUUGGAGUUGAAAAACUAGAAGCAAUGAAAACAUUGGCUACUUUAAAAGAGGAAAAACGGUAUCUUCAGGAUAUUUGGUCAUAAAAAACAGAAGUUAAAGGAAGAUCAUUAAUCUUUUUUGGCUGAAAAUACUAAAAGACAGUUUUACUGAAACUGAAACUUGAAUUUUUUAAAAUGCAUUUUCUUUUAACAUUUCUUGGAGGAGAUGGGCAGGGAUUGGCUCAUGUAACAUCUGACUGACUUCCUGAUUGAUCCUGUAUACCUUCCAUCUGCUCCCUGUGUGUACCUGUGACCCUCCCCAGACUGCUCUGUUGCUUGUAGGCUCCCCUGCGCAGAGAGGCAGCCCUCACCCCCAUCAGUACCUUCCUGGCACCACCCUCACUUCCUGGAGAACUUCUUGGAGAUCCCCACUAAUUCACAAGGACUCCAUACACGUGGAGGCCUCCUGUGCAGGGCAGGGGCAUUGGAAUCCACUGAGUCCAUGACCUAUUGUGUACUUACAUUGCCAAUAUUUUAAAAAAUAAUGUAUUAUUUUUAUAUGACAUAUAUUAAAGAAUAUUCAUAUAAAUUGCUUAAAUUAUACAUAUAGAGCAUAUCUUUACUUGUUUAUAUAACUAUCAAAUGGUUAUUUAUUUUGGAAAUUAUUUCUGAUAAAAAGUCUUUUAAUGUCAUCUCCUACAGAGGGAUUUGUUUUUAUUAUGCUUAAAAUAUGAAAUAUAUUUUGAAAUUUCACUCUGGCAUAUGUUUAUUUAUCACAAUUCUUUUUACUAUUGCACUUUCAGAAUUUAGGGACAUUUGCAUUCAUUUUACAGGUGCCAGCAUAGACAUGUUUUAGUAAAGAAAUAAUCUUUUUCUUUCCUA